AAAUUAUAUUUAGAGCACUAGCUCCAACUACCUCAUACAUCAUAACCAACAAAACCACUUUCCACUCAAUUGAGCACUCAACGGCAAUGGCGUCUCUGGUGCGACCAGCCACAUUCAGAGCCCUCAGAAAUGCCACCCCAUCCCCCUUCUUCUCCAAAUGCCUUCCAUCAACAAACCGCCCUUUCUUCUAUCGCUUCCAAUCCCUAAACCUUCGAGCAUUCUCCGCCGCCUUCAUGUCACCACCCUCCAAGGCCGUCGUCUACGACCAACAAGGUCCUCCCGAUGUCGUUACAAGAAUUGUAGAAUUGCCGCCUGUAGAAGUGAAAGAGAACGAUGUCUGUGUUAGGAUGAUAGCUGCGCCUAUCAACCCAUCUGAUAUUAAUCGAAUUGAAGGGGUAUAUCCUGUGAGGCCGCAAGUUCCAGCUAUCGGAGGAUAUGAAGGUGUUGGAGAGGUGUACUCGGUUGGUUCUGCAGUGAAGGGUCUCUCACCUGGCGAUUUGGUCAUUCCAUCUCCCCCUUCCUUCGGGACGUGGCAGACUUACAUUGUCAAAGAUCAGAGUGUUUGGCACAAGAUUAAUAAGGAUUCUCCCGUGGAGUAUGCUGCUACCGUUACAGUGAAUCCUUUGACUGCUUUAAGAAUGCUUGAAGACUAUGUUGCUUUGAAUUCGGGAGAUGCUAUUGUUCAAAAUGGAGCCACAAGCAUUGUGGGGCAGUGUGUUAUUCAGAUUGCACGAGACCGUGGUGUCCAUAGUAUCAACAUUUUAAGAGAUAGGCCUGGAUCAGAUGAGGCAAAAGAAAACCUUAAGAAACUUGGUGCAGAUGAAGUUUUUACCGAGAGUCAAUUGGAAGUGAAAAAUAUCAAGGGCCUUCUGGCCAGUAUACCUGAACCUGCUUUGGGAUUUAACUGUGUUGGAGGAAAUGCUGCUUCUUUGGUUCUCAAAUUUUUGAGACAUGGAGGAACUAUGGUCACGUAUGGUGGCAUGUCUAAGAAGCCAAUUACUGUAUCCACUUCGUCUUUCAUUUUUAAGGACCUUUCUCUAAGAGGAUUCUGGUUGCAGAAAUGGUUGGGAGCCGAUAAUGCAAAAGAAUGUAGAAGAAUGAUAGAUUACCUCUUGGAUCUAGCACGAGAAGGGAAGUUGAGAUAUGAGUAUGCUAUCUUUCAAUUUCUUAGUUUGCUUUAUUCUAUCGUUUUGCAUUCCUAUUUAUCGACUAAAGAUAUAUCUUUCGUGUAUUUUUCUUCAAAUAAUAAUUUAUGUUUCAAUGUUGAUGAUUUGCCAUUACAGAAUGGAGCUGGUUCCGUUUGACAAUUUCAGCACAUCACUUGACAAGGCUCUUGGUAAACUAGGGAGCCAACCAAAACAAGUCAUAAAAUUCUGAAUUAGCAUAACUGGGAGUAAGGAUUUUCUUCUUCUUCUCAUUAUUAAUGGAGUAAGAAUUUUUCUUGGGGAAUGCAUCUAAAAUUUUCUAUUACACUGUACUUGAAAGAGUUAUGAUAUGCUAGACUAGGAGCUUCAGCGAUUGGAAGGAUUACUAUAUGUUAUGUAAACUAGUGUCUUGUCACACAUGAUCUAACAUAAACAGACAAGUUUUGUGACAAUUUUCUUUUAAAUUAAUGGUCUUGAGUCAUGAUAAACAUCACUUAAAAGUUGUACUCUACUACUAGUUAUUAUUAUUCUUUCAAACAAAAAAGAUAAUUGAAUUAAA